GCUGUCACUGCUCGCGCACUGCGGCCGCGAGACUGGAAAACAACACGAACGAAAUAGAGAGAGACACCCGAGAUACUGAAGAGUCCAGUUCCAUCAAAAGCUCAAGCUCAGAAGCCGAAUAUCACAAGUUACCCAUCAAAUAAGAGAGAAUAACGGAUAAAUGAUGAAUCAGAUUGAGCUUUCAGUGCCAUAUGAUAAUGGAUAUGAACCGGACGAGUACAUGAUGCAGGAGGAUGAAUGGGACCGGGAUUUACUGCUGGACCCAGCCUGGGAAAAACAGCAACGAAAGACGUUCACGGCCUGGUGUAACUCUCACCUGAGAAAAGCUGGGACACAAAUUGAGAACAUAGAGGAAGACUUCAGGAAUGGCCUCAAACUAAUGUUGCUGCUUGAAGUCAUCUCAGGUGAGAGGUUACCCAAACCUGACAGAGGAAAGAUGCGUUUUCACAAGAUAGCCAAUGUCAACAAAGCCCUUGAUUUCAUCACCAGUAAAGGUGUGAAACUGGUCUCCAUUGGAGCUGAAGAAAUUGUGGAUGGGAAUGUGAAAAUGACUCUUGGAAUGAUUUGGACGAUCAUCCUUCGCUUCGCCAUUCAGGACAUAUCUGUUGAAGAAACUUCGGCCAAAGAAGGACUUCUUCUGUGGUGCCAGAGGAAGACUGCCCCCUACAGGAAUGUCAAUGUUCAAAACUUUCAUGUCAGCUGGAAGGAUGGAUUGGCGCUGUGCGCUCUCAUCCACAGGCACAGGCCUGACCUCAUUGACUACGCCAAGCUCAACAAGGAUGAUCCACUCGGUAAUCUGAAUCUGGCAUUUGACAUUGCUGAAAAACAUCUGGACAUCCCGAAAAUGCUGGAUGCAGAGGAUAUCCUGAACACCCCUAAACCUGAUGAGAGAGCUAUUAUGACAUAUGUGUCCUGCUUUUACCAUGCAUUUGCUGGAGCUGAACAGGCUGAAACUGCUGCUAACAGGAUCUGUAAGGUCCUGGGAGUGAAUCAGGAAAAUGAGAAGUUGAUGGAGGACUAUGAAAGACUGGCUAGUGAGCUGUUGGAGUGGAUCAGACGAACUAUUCCCUGGCUGGAGAAUCGUACGGCGGAGAAGACCAUGGUAGAGAUGCAGCGGAAGCUGGAGGAUUUCCGAGAUUACCGCAGGAUGCACAAACCUCCCAAAGUACAGGAGAAGUGUCAGCUGGAGAUCAGCUUCAACACCCUGCAGACUAAACUCCGCAUCAGCAACCGGCCUGCGUUUAUGCCCUCUGAGGGCAAGAUGGUGUCGGACAUAGCGAGUGCGUGGCAGGGACUGGAACAGGCAGAGAAGGGCUAUGAGGAAUGGUUGCUUACUGAGAUCAGGAGACUGGAAAGAUUGGACCAUCUAGCAGAGAAAUUUAGACAGAAAGCUACAAACCAUGAGACCUGGGCUACAGGUAAGGAGGAGAUGUUGAGCCGGAAGGACUACGAGUCAGCAUCUUUAAUGGAAGUUCGAGCUUUGCUGCGAAAACACGAGGCAUUUGAGAGUGACCUUUCCGCCCACCAAGACAGAGUCGAGCAGAUCGCUGCUAUUGCUCAGGAGCUCAAUGAGCUGGACUAUCAUGAUGUUGCAUCAGUGAAUCAAAGGUGUCAAAGUAUUUGUGACCUCUGGGACCAGUUGGGCACACUCACCCAGAAACGCAGAGAGGCUUUGGAGAGGACAGAGAAACUUUUGGAGACGGUGGAGCAGUUGUUUCUGGAAUACGCAAAGAGAUCUGCACCCUUUAAUAACUGGAUGGAGGGAGCCAUGGAAGACUUACAGGAUAUGUUCAUAGUGCACACCAUUGAAGAGGUCCAGACUCUGAUAACUGCUCACGAGCAGUUUAAGGCCACGCUUCCUGAGGCGGAUGCAGAGAGGCAGGCGAUCCUUGGCAUUCAGCAGGAAGUCCUGAAGAUCUCCCAGAAUUAUGGCAUCCGUGGAGACCUUACCAACCCCUACAGCACCAUAACUACAGAAGAGAUUGCCAUCAAAUGGGACAAGGUGAAGAGGCUGGUUCCCCAGCGUGACAGUGCACUGCAGGAGGAGUUAGCGCGGCAGCAUGCUAAUGAAAGGCUCAGACGCCAGUUUGCUGCCCAAGCCAACCUCAUAGGACCAUGGAUACAGACCAGGAUGGAGGAAAUUGGUCGUUGUUCUAUGGAGAUUGGGGGGACUUUGGAAGAUCAGAUGACCCAGCUGAAACAGUAUGAGCAUGUGAUCGUCAGCUACAAACCCAACAUAGACAGAUUGGAGGGAGACCACCAACUCAUCCAGGAGUCACUCAUCUUUGACAACAAACAUACUAACUACACUAUGGAGCAUAUUCGUGUUGGCUGGGAGCUCCUUUUGACUACGAUCGCUCGCACUAUGAACGAAAUCGAGACUCAAAUUCUGACACGUGAUGCAAAAGGCAUCAGCCAGGAGCAGAUGCAUGAAUUCCGAUCCUCUUUCAAUCACUUUGAUCGGGAAGAGAUGGGUAAACUCAGGCCUGAUGAGUUUAAAGCAUGUCUGAUCAGUCUUGGGCAUUUAGGAAAUGACAAACAGAAGAAGAAUGGGGCGAUGGAUUCUGAUGACUUUAGGGCCUGUCUGAUCUCAAUGGGUUAUGAUCUGGGUGAGGUGGAGUUUGCUCGGAUCAUGAUGCUGGUUGAUCCAAACGCUUCAGGCGUUGUGUCGUUCCAGUCCUUCAUUGACUUCAUGACCAGAGAGACAGCAGAUACAGACACAGCUGAACAGGUCAUCGCUUCCUUCAGGAUCCUUGCUGCAGACAAGCCGUAUAUUCUGGCAGAUGAGUUGAGGAGAGAACUCCCUCCAGACCAGGCAGAGUACUGCAUCAGCAGGAUGCCCCCAUACUCUGGCCCUGGUGCCCUGCCCGGAGCCUUGGACUACACUGCCUUCUCCACUGCCCUCUACGGAGAGAGUGACCUUUAACUCCAUCAACACCUAUGACAUUUACAAUCCCAUCUCACUUGUUAACCAAGUAAAUUCUUUAAAGAUACACAGUCCCAUUAAAUGAAAACAUGGCAAAUAAACAAAAUGAGCACAAUUUCAAUUUUUAAUCUCAGUUGAUGUAUUUGCUAGACAGUUGAUAUAAAAUGUCAAUGCAGAAUGUUGAAAGUCAAUGCAUAUGGAAUGCAGUCUGAAUCCCAUAAUUCAUUGAAUCUAAGGCCUAGAAAAAACUAUUUUACUCUUUUUCAUGUAAUCUAUUAUAAUACAGAGAACAUUCACAUGCAUGUCACUUAUAUUGCAGCAAAAACAGUUGAUACACUGAAAUUAAAUAAGAUUAAUGUUGUUUAAAUACAUUUUAGGUUUUAUGCAUUUCUCUCUGAUUUCUUUUAAUUCCCUCUUUUCUCCCAGAAUGAAAUCUAUUUUGUGUGGUAGUGUUAUACCUACAGUAUGAAAGAUUUUGCACAUUUGAAUUUCCUCUGGUAGUAUUUGAAAAAAAGCAACAUGAAUAGUGGCUCAUCUUAAUUUGUCCACAAUGUAAUUAUCACUUGAAACUUUUUGCUGACAGUGCCUAAUUUCAUACAUAUGGUAUGGUAAUAGUUUAGAAGUAUGAAGUAAUAGGAGGUUACCUUUGCAGUGAGUCAGAUAGAUAACAGCAUCAGCUACUGAUUUGGUUUUACAUGAAAUUUCGAAUAUUGCAAAUCCUUGAACAUUUUUAUCAAUUUGGAUGAUUGCAUAAAGUGUAAAGGGUCAAUUUACUACAGGGCUUGUCAAAUAAGGAUAGCAAAACCAGAAAUUAUGAUAAAAUACUGAAUUUACAGGAAAAAAGUUUGUGAACUCUUAGGAACAAUAGACAAACACAGUCUGCUUAAUACAUAAACAAUUGUUGUUGUUUUUGGUUUUUUUUUUUUUUUUUGUCUAUAUUGAACACAGCAUUUAAACAUUCACAGCUAAGAUUGGAAAAGUAGGUGAAUCCCUAGGCUUUUUCCUGCAACUAUAAUUAGGAAAAGUAAUCUGGGAUGGAUUGUCAUUUCAAAAUGUUUUAUUUUAUUUCCAUGGUUCAUGAAUGCAGCAAAUUCCUAAAGGUCACACUAGUUCAAUGUAUGGUGACUGUGUACUUGAUUGAUUUGUGUUCAGUUUGCUAACUGUCAAAUCAGUUUUAACAAUGAAAGUGAUUUGUGAAUGUUUGGUGUUGAAUUAUAUGUUCAAGAAAGCCAAAUAUGUGUGUUUUACAGUAACAUAAAUGAAAUAAACCUUACUUAUGAAAAGA